ACGUCAUCAGAUCGCUUCUUCCGCUGCCGGGUAGAGUGAACGUGAGGAGCUGCCUGAGAAGAGAAGCAGAAGUGCCUAAAAACGUCGCAACAAUUGCAGAUACAUCUUUUUAGGACACCGAGUGACAGCCAAGAAAAAUACUAACACCACUGUGUCCAAGAUCUGUUAAAGCCAAUCCACUAAAGGUGACCGACAAUGGCUGUGAACGUGCACUCCACCUCAGUGACCAGUGAAAACUUAAGUCGUCAUGACAUGUUGAUCUGGAUCAAUGACUCUCUACAGAUGACCCUCACCAAGAUAGAAAUGUUGUGUACAGGUGCUGCCUACUGCCAGUUCAUGGACAUGCUGUUUCCCAACUCUGUGCCUCUGAAGAAAGUAAAAUUUGCUGCCAAGCUGGAGCACGAAUACAUUCAUAACUUCAAGCUUCUGCAAGUUUCCUUCAAAAAGAUGGGAGUCGACAAAAUCAUUCCUGUAGACAAACUGGUGAAGGGCAAGUUCCAGGACAACUUUGAGUUUGUCCAGUGGUUUAAGAAGUUCUUCGAUGCCAACUACAACGGGACGGAGUACGACCCCGUGGAGGCGAGGCAGGGUCAGGACACCAUGCCCAUUCCCAACCCCUCCAUGUCGGCUCUCUCCAAACCCCCUAAAAAGGCCAUCAGUCAAACUCCUCAGAGGCCACCCGUUGCAAAGGUAGCACCCAAGUUGUCUAACGUCAGCGCGAGGAAGACGGUUCUUGGUGGAGGGGAUGAGGAGAGGGCGGAGCUCAUGAAUGAGGUUGAGCUCCUGAAAUCUACCAUUCAGGACAUGGAGAAGGAGAGAGACUUUUAUUUUGGAAAGCUGCGGAACAUUGAGCUGAUUUGCCAGGAGAAGGAUGGAGAGGGCGACCCCACAAUGCAGAGGAUCAUCGACAUCCUCUACGCCACAGACGUGAGUUCAUCUGCUGUUCUUCAUAACGUUCACAGGGUUCCCGCUGGGUCUUAAAAAGCCUCACAUUUG